AUGGGUCUUCCCACUGCCCUCGCAGGCCUCUCCUUCCUCGUCUAUGUGGUCUACCGCUACUUCACUCGACUUAGGCUUACUCCCUUGCAAGGCCCGCCUUCUUCCUCAUUCCUAAUGGGCAACCUCCCCGAGCUUUAUCGGAGUUUGGUUGGCGAAAUAGACUUCAAGUGGCAGCAGCAAUACGGGAACGCGGUUCGGUUCAAGAGCAUUGUCGGAAAUGACGCCUUAUGGAUCGCGGACCCCAAGGCAUUGCAAUACAUCUUCCAAACAUCGGGCUACCAUUUCCCCAAGCAGAAGGAGCGUCUGGUUGUGACGAGGUUGAUGCACGGAAAAGGCCUCGUGUGGGCAGAGGGUGAUAUUCACAAGCGGCAACGCAAGGUCAUGCUUCCAGCAUUUGGCGGCCCGGAGUCCAAGGCGCUUCUAUCACUCUUUUCGAAUAGCGUGCAGUCUCUGACAUCGAAGUGGGCCGAGAAACUUGACGGAAGUAAAGAUGGAUCGCUGGUUCUAGACAUGCCCAGUUGGUUAUCCCGCGCAACGAUGGACGCACUUGGUCACGCCGCAUUUGACUACGACUUUGGUGCUCUUUCCAACGACGAAAACGAGCUCACCAAAGCAUACAACGGUUUGAUGGUUGACGUCUUCGGCUUUCCAUCGCUCCGUCUCAUUUUCACCCAAGCUGUGGCCAGAUAUGUGCCGAAGAGUGUGCUUCAUUACCUCGCUUUCAACAGCUCUUCGCCUCGUACACAAAAGAUACAUUCCACUACCUCGCUCGCGGACAAGGUUUCGAAGCAGCUGGUUGAGGAAAAGGCUGAAAUGAUACUGGCGGGCAACUCCGGCCGCGACGUGCUAAGCAUCUUAGUCAAAUCUAACAUGGACGCAUCCGCAAAGACGAAAUUGGAAGAAGAUGAAAUGUAUUCUCAGAUGCGGACCUUGCUGGUCGCGGGACACGAAACUACGGCCAACAGCUUGAGCUGGGUGCUUUACGAGCUCGCCAAACUCCCUCACGUUCAAGACAGGCUUCGCGCGGAGAUCCGCGACAUGGAGGCCAAAAUCCAUGCUCGGGGCGACGACACGUUCACCACGGCCGAUCUUGAGGCAAUGCCUUACACUGUCGCCGUUAUGAAGGAGGGACUUCGCUUCGACCCGGUUGUGUAUCAUAUUCACCGAGUGGCCGGCAGAGACGACGUGAUUCCCCUCUCGAAGCCCGUGACGACUACCAACGGCAAACUUGUGGGCGAGAUCGCCAUUCCGGAGGGCACUCGGGUGGUGGCUUCGAUUGCUGCUUACAACAGGAUCCCGGAGAUUUGGGGAGAGGACGCUCAUCUGUUCAAUCCUGAUCGCUGGCUGAAUAAGUCACCAGUCGCCGAGAAGUUCCCCACCGUCGGCGUGUACGGUAAUAUGAUGACUUUCAUUGGGGGCACACGUGCCUGCAUUGGCUGGCGAUUCGCGGUGAUCGAGAUGCAAGCGUUCCUCGUCGAACUCGUCAACAAGUUUGAGUUCUCCCUCGCAGAUGAGACGAAGCGCGUCAGGCGCGAGCCUUGCCUGGUGAUGUCUCCGACCUUGGAGGGCGAGGCAGGGAAAGGGCCCCAGCUUCCGUUGAUGGUCACUUGGGCCCCCCGUGGUGCUAUAUAA